AUGCCGGCGCAUUGCCUCAAUACAAGGCAUCAGCAGGAUGGCAAAACAGAAUUAUUGGUGACGAUACGUGACCGCUACCGCGGGUCAUCCAAAAAAGACAAGGGCCGGACCCUCGAUGAGUUCAUCGCCGUAACCGGCCAUCACCACAAGCACGACAUCCGAUUGCUGGGACAGUCCGGCGACGCUGGGGAGAAACCGUCAAUGAUCAAAGGCCGGCGCAUCUAUAAUGAAGCGGUACCCGAGGCGGUAAUCGUAAUCUGGGAGGCCGCCGACCGCAUCUGCGGCAAACGCCUGAAGGCGGCCCUGCCCUAUCUGGUGGGAUCCAUGGAGCGUCAUGAGCAUCUGGAUCUGGAUCCCGAGGUGCGCGCACGAUUGCUGCCGGCCAGCGCGGCCACGUUGGACCGGCUGCUGCAGCCCAUUCGUCCCACGGCGGGCAGCCGGCGCAGACGGCGGCGACGGCAGUCGAUGAGUAAACGCGUGCCGGUGCGGACCUACAAUGAUUGGAACCGACCACCGCCGGGAUAUCUGGAGAUUGACUCGGUGGCGCACUGUGGUGGCCCGCUGUCGGGAUCAUUCAUCCAUAGCCUGGUGGCCACCGACAUCUGCACCGGCUGGCCUGACCAUGAACAUUCAGGGCCGUUCCCCUGCUGGACAGAGAGCAAUCCCUGGUGGUGGCAGGGUUGGAAGCCUUCGGUCAGCACCUACCCUUUUCCUAUUCUCGGUAUCGACUCUGACAACGACAGCGUGUUCAGCAAUGAAACGCUGAUCCAGUACUGA